AUGGCUGACGGCGGAGGGUCCGCGGCGGCCCCUCCGGGCUCUCCGGCGGCGGGGCGGCGGCCGGGCGUCUCCUCCGGCGGGGCGGAGGGCGCGGCGGCGGCCGCGCCGCGGCUGCCGCUGGGCGGCCCGGCCGGGGCGGCGGGGAUGUCGCUGCCGCGGCUGGAGAAGCCGAUCAAGCAGGCCUUCUACAACACGGGCGCGCUGCUGUUCGCGGGGCUGUGCUGCGGGGCCGCCGUGCUGGUCUACUUCAUCCUGGAGGCCUUCCUGCGGCCGCUGCUGUGGGCCGUACUGUGCGGCACCUUCCUGCACCCCUUCAAGAGCUCGCUGACGGCGCUGGGCCGCCGCUGGCUGGGCCGCCUGCAGCGCUCCCGCACGCCCGUGCUGCUGGCCGCGCUGCUGCUGCCUCUCUGCUUCGCCAACUACGGCGUGGAGGCGCUGGGCGAGCAGGUGCUGCGGCGCCGGCGGCUCCUGCUGCUGCUGGGCGCCGGCGGGCCGCUGCUCUACGGGCUGUACUGCCUGGGCAGCUCCCUGGGCGUGCAGGUGCUGCUGGCCCAGGCCGCCCGUCUCAUCUGCCAGGGGCUGGACUACUUCAGCAGCCAGUGGAUAUGGACAUUGGUAGUUGGUUACCUGUUGAUGGUUUCAUUCAAGUGGAAUGUAAGCACCGAGCGUUACCUGAAAGCAGUCUCUGUCCCUGUGUGGAUCAUGCUGCUCUUUCACUUAGCUUCUGUGGCAGGCUCCUGGAGAAUUCCUGUGUUCCUGGUUAUAGUUGUUCUGAUGACUGUAGGCAUGUUGCAUGACCAGCAGAACGGAAAGGAGUCUUCAGGGGCAGAGCUUCCUGGUCAGAUGAUUUCCAUUGCUGCUUCAACAAUUGCCAUGGCAAUUUCUGUGACAGAAGAUGAAUCCAGUAAUGAACGUUCCUCACAACCCUCAGAUGCCACAGAAGGUGAUCCACCUCCACAAACUUCGUCAUCUUUCUCCUCUGCAUCGUCUUCUGGGAACAGACAAAGACCUGAGAUUGGUUCUUUUCUUAAAAAAAAGAAAACUAGUGAUGUUUACUUCGUUACACUUGUGUGGGCAAUUGUUAUUGUCCAGAUCUGGCUAAAUUUCUGGAUUGUGCAGCUAUUGCCAGUGCCUUUUGCAGUUUGGGCACUAAAAAAACUUGUGGUUCAUUUUGGAGUUUUGAGUUUCAUGGCAAAACGCUGCAAAAGUUGGUGGCAACUUGUUGAAAACUUUGUGAAAGAACGUCAGGAAGCUCUUGCACCGCGUCCCAUCAGAGGGCUUGGAAGGGUCAUGCUGAAGCUUGACAGUAAGAUGAUCGUGUGGUUGGAGAAGAUGCUAGAUAAAAUAAUCAGCAUUUUCAUAAUAUUUUUGCUAGUGAUAGGAACCCUUCUGCUAGCCCUGCUCCUUACUGCAAAGGUACAUCAAGAGAGCGUUCACAUGAUUCAAGUCACGAGCAGCUUGAUCAAUGAGACAGUAGCCAGUCACCCAGAAUGGGCAAACUGGCUUCCAGAAGCCCAGGUUUUUCAGAAAGCGCUCAACUCAGCAGCAAAUAAUGUGUACCAAUAUGGCAGAGAAUGGAUUACGCACAAGCUUCAUAAAAUUUUAGGAGAAAAAGUGAACAACACUGCUGUGAUUGAAAAGCAAGUGCUGGAGCUUUGGGACAGGCUUUAUCAUUCUUGGUUUGUGAAGAAUGUAACGCAUUCUGGAAGGCACAAAGGACACAAAUGGCACAUAAACCGUCAGAACAGCUGGCUUGGAGAUAUUCUGGACUGGCAAGAUGUUGCUUCAUUUGUUCAUGAUAACAUUGAAACAUUUCUUUCGAUCCUGGAGUCUCUGUGGAUAGUGAUGAGUCGGAAUGUGAGCCUCUUGUUCACUACAGUUACAACAUUGGUGACAAUCCUUUUCCAUAGUGGGACAGCUCUUCUCAAUUUUGUGCUUUCAGUGGUGAUUUUCCUGACCACGCUGUUCUACCUAUUGAGUUCUAGUGAUGAGUACUACAAGCCAGUGAAAUGGGUGAUAAGCCUGACGCCUCUGUCUCAGCCAGGUCCUUCCUCAAAUAUAGUUGGCCAGUCUGUGGAGGAAGCAAUAAGAGGUGUGUUUGAUGCUUCCCUCAAAAUGGCUGGGUUCUAUGGACUCUACACUUGGCUGACUCACACUAUAUUUGGGAUUAACAUAGUCUUCAUACCAUCUGCAUUAGCAGCAAUCCUUGGAGCAGUUCCAUUUCUGGGGACGUACUGGGCAGCCAUCCCUGCAGUCCUAGACUUGUGGCUUGUGCAAGGAGAGGGAUGCAAAGCCAUUUUGCUCUUGGUUUUUCACCUGCUGCCAACCUAUUUUGUAGAUACAGCCAUUUAUUCAGAUAUAUCAGGAGGUGGUCAUCCUUACCUGACAGGUCUUGCAGUAGCUGGCGGAGCAUAUUACCUGGGACUGGAAGGAGCCAUCAUAGGACCAAUUCUACUUUGUAUACUUGUGGUUGCCUCCAACAUAUAUAGUGCCAUGUUGGUUAGUCCAACAAAUUCAGUGCCCACUCCAUCACAAGCAGCAUGUCCACUACAGAUUUACCGGUCAGCUAGAGAAAGUCCCGAGGAGACAAAAAUGGCUGCUGAAUGAUGAAAGAGCUAUGCUGCACCUGUUCAAGAUGAGAGAAUCAUACUUGGUCUUUCUUGAGCUCCCAACAGCCAUGGCCUUUUGCCCCUCUGUUGCUCUGCUGGGGGCAGUUCACAGGGAUGCAUAGUUUGAGUGUUAGGAGACACCACUCCUCGAACAUCUGCUGGCCUUACAUUACUGUGCACUUUGCCUCUUUGAGAGAGAAUGUCAACUUCCCAUGGCUUUGCAUACUAGCAAACAGUUCCACAGCCGCCUUUGUAGACCUUCUGUCUUCUUAAAAAGAAUGGCUAAGUGGAGAGAUAUAUCCACUGGAGUUGUUAUCUGCUGAAAUGACUUACUUGGCUUUUAUUUAUUGGGUUAUUUGUGUUAUUAAUUUGUAGUAUUUUUAAAGAAAGCUAAGUCCAAAAUAUUUAUUCUCUGUUAAUCUGAUGGCAACAGAGAUGUAAACCACUCAUUGUUAAAUGAAGAUUGAAUACAAUUGUUUGCUGCUCGUUGAAGUAUUUCUUUAGAGGUUUUGACCAUCAUCUCUAACUCAUAAGAACAAAUAAAUAUUAUCUCUUUAUGAGCACUGAAAUUUAGUAUUGUUGAAGACAAGUAUUUCUAGUAUCUUCCUGAAAUUAGUAGAUGAACGAAUUGAGAAAUGUGAAUUGUUGUUGUUUAGAAAUAGGACUUGUUAAAGUAGUUUAAAUCUUGCCCUUAUUUCUGGUCAAAUCUGGUGAUGUUCUGAUGUCUCUUCACUGUCUAGCAGAGUCAUAGUAUCAACUAACUUUAAUUAAAGGCCUUAAAUACUUUAAACCUAAGGUAACGUACAGUUAUCACAUCUUCUUCCAAUAGUAAAAAGACCUUGAGUGGGAUUGUUUUAUGUCAGUUUUCAAAUGCUGUGACCAAGUAGCAUUUACUUUUCAAACACGUAUAAGUUUAUUUCAAAAGAGGAAAGGGAAAGAGUAGAGAUUUUGUUAUAUUGUAGAGUUGGGUUUUUUUGUUACUGCUUUUGUUUUUCUCCUUGUAAGCCUCUGGCCAAAUAUCUUAGUGAUUUAUGCAGAAUUCUUGAAAUGGUAUAUUGCCUCGAUCACAGAAACAAACUACUUCAGUGUUUUUCUUUCAUAUGUAAUUCUGCUGAAACUGCAAGUUUGGUGACGUUUAAGGCCUUUUGUAUUGUUGGUUGAAAUAUUUUGACACAAUGGAUCUUUAUACUUCUGCAAAGACAAAGUGUUUUUUUGGUCAAAGCUUUCACAAAUACACUGAGGCCCUUCAUACAAAGUAGCAGUUGCACGUGCUUAACCAAAGAACCACCUUUCAGUUUCUAGUAACUUAUCUUGAAUUUAAUUCAGUUUGAUUGACAAGGUUUAUGCAGAAUACAGGUAUGCCUUGCAUUUACUGUUUACCAUAAUGCAACUGUUGAUAAACAACAUAAUUCUCUAACAUAGCUACUGUGGUUUUAGUAAUUAAAUGUUAUGUCAAAAUGUAGGGUUGCACAUGUGCUGGUCUGGGGCUUGCAGACUUCCAGGUAUUGUUUGGAGGACAGGCUCAAGCUUGAUUUAGUGGUUUGACUGAUGGUUUGGUGGUUCUUUGAAGUAUGGAAGCAUCCUAUUUAAUAUUUGAGUUUAAUAUUUGAGAUUCUGAGAGAUCUACACAGCAAUUCCAACUAACUUAACAUAGAGAGUGUAUUGCUUGAAUUAUGUAACUAUCCCAUGUUUUAAUUUCCUUGGGUUUGUGGAUCACUUCAUCUUUAAUAAGACCCAUCUUUGUAAUUGUUGCUGGGUAAGGAGGAGAAUGACAACCUGAGGCUGCCCCUAAAUAUUCCUGCAGCAUGCUAACCAAUUUAAAUGAGACUCACCAUGAUACCUGGGAAACUUCUUUAUUCUUGUUGUUCUUGUACAGAAUUUUGCACUGAAAUACUUUCUUCACACUCUAACUUCAUCUAGUCAGCAUUUAAAGAUUACUAGCAAGAAAGAUGCGUACUUAAUGUAUUUCUGGUUUUCUGUUGCUUCUCUUUGCUCACUGGUAAAGACAUUUAAAUUGCCAACAUUUUUUAUCCCAGUUAUUUCUGAGACAAUCUUUUCUAAUCCUAAGGCAACAUAGUCAUUUUAGAGAGUUGUCAUAAGGCAAUCUUUUGUUUGCUUGUUUUUAAGUUUUCCUCUCCUCCCUCCCCAUUUGUGUGAUCAAAGAAGGGUCUCUACUACAAAGAUUAGAACUGUAUUUGUUAUCUUCAGUAAUGGUAAAUUAGUGAAAUCAGCUAAGAAUGUACAUUGCAGUUUUGAAAUGUUCCUUUCCCAGUUUGAAGAGAAAUCAUUUUGUAGGGAAGAUUAAAUUCUCACAUAGUCUGUUAGCUUGUCCUCCUUUGAAAUGAAUCCUCAUACUUGAUGCUUCCUGUUUCAAAUUCAACAAGGACUUGCCAAGGAGAACUUUCUGUAGUACAGUCUUUUUCAGGUAAUAUAGCUUAAGGGCCUCAUGUUACGUGCUGUGUCUGAUUUAGAAAUAAGUUGUGUGGCUUGGUGAUACAGCAAUGGUAUGCUUCCAAAAAGAAAAGAAAAUGGUAAAACAAAUCUCCAAUGAGACCUUCUUAGGAUAUGAAAUAUUCACUGAAUUCUGACAUAUUUAAAUAUAUAUAUAUGUGUAUAUAUAUAUAUAUAUAUAUGUAUAUUAAAAAGCAUACUUUAGCAGUGACAGUCUCUUUCUUAAUGCCUUGUAGGUGAAAAGUUGAUGGUCUUUAGCUUUGCUGUAAGCAGCCAUUCCAGGGGUGGGUAUUUAUGUGUAUUUGGUAUACUUAAUAUUCAAUUUAGAACAAAGACGGUGAUUUAGGGUUCAGAAGGGAAUGCUUGUAGUAAUAAACCAGGGUGAUGCUGUGUCAUUGUAUUGCAGAGUACACUGAUAAUGUUUGUUAUCAUUCUUUGCUAGCUAAUCAGGCUCAUUGCAAGUAAGCGUAGUGUCAAGGGGCUAGUGAUAAUUGCUUAACUGUUUUUGCACAGAGCCGAAGUUAGCCCUUUCUCUCCUUCCUUUACCUUAGUUGAACAUUACUGUACUGCAGCAGCACUUGCAGAAGUUCAUGUGUGCCCAUUUACAGCCCAGCUUGUUAGCUUCAGGUCACUGUAGGUACUGGCUUAAUUGAGCACGAUACAGCAAGUUGCAAAGGAUGAGAAUCUGGCACACACUCAUUUUGCCAGCUGUACUACAAGGCAGUGACUUUCAGCACUGUACACUGAUUGCUGUGCACUGUGACCAGCUGGGAGCAGUAAUGGCUUAUUUUGAAACACUACUUAAAAAAAAAAA